AUGGCACCAACCAUCCCAGUGCCCACACAGGGCGGCAUGUUCCAUACCUUUCAAGGAGUUACCCCACGCAAGACAUCCACGGAUUCACAGGACAGCACCAAGACCAACGGGUCAGGCACCGCUAAGAGGAUAACCACACCACACGCCUGUGCCGAGUGCAAGCGGCGCAAGAUCAGGGCACCCAAGCGGUGUUUCUAUGACAAGCACCGGCAGCGGGUGAUUCCCUCUCGCAAGACCCUCGAAGCCCUGUCGCAGUCACUCGAAGAAUGCCGGUCCAUCCUGAAGCGGCUGUACCCCAACCAUGAGGUCCAGGCCUUGCUGCCCCUGUCACGGCAAGAGCUCCUCAACCUCUUGGACAGGCCCGUCAUAGAUACCUCGAUUGGCGGCUUGCCAUCACCGCCCAUCAACACCUCGCCCAUCUCGGACCUCGGCUCGCCCAUGAUGCCCAAGUCCGAGAGCAUCCUGGAGCAGCUUCCGUCGAGGGACACCGAAUGGGACGAGGAGCGGAGGGGCCGGGAUCCGAUCCCUGCCGAGGCCGACGACAUCAACGCCCUCUCGCUCUCGGUUGACCGGCAAACGUCCUACCUGGGCGCCUCGUCCAUCAAGGCCGCCCUGAUGGUCAUGCUCAAGGUGCAGCCCAGCCUGCGGCACACCUUGGCCGCGCCCCUGAGCGGUGUCGAGAUCUCGCACAACUUCCCCGCCAUCCGGCAGAAGCCGUCGGGGACCCAGAAAGAAGGCCAGCGGAUCCCCUGGUCCUGGAAGGGGCAGACCCUGAUCGACGCCUACUUCAAGCGCAUCCACGUCUUCAUCCCCAUGCUCGACGAGAGCACCUUCCGGGCCGACUACCUCGAGGGGCAGCGCACCGACGCGCCCUGGCUCGCGCUCCUCAACAUGGUGUUCGCCAUGGGCAGCAUCGCCGCCAUGAAGUCGGACGACUACAACCACGUCAACUACUACAACCGCGCCAUGGAGCACCUGCCCAUGGACGCCUUCGGCAGCAGCCACAUCGAGACGGUGCAGGCGCUCGCCCUCAUCGGCGGCUACUACCUCCACUACAUCAACCGCCCCAACAUGGCCAACGCGGUCCUCGGCGCCGCCAUCCGCAUGGCCAGCGCCCUCGGCCUGCACCGCGAGUCCCUCGUCCAGUCGAGCAGCGACAUCGUCGCGGCCGAGACCCGCCGCCGCACCUGGUGGUCCCUCUUCUGCCUCGACACGUGGGCCACCACGACCAUGGGCCGCCCGUCCUUCGGCCGCUGGGGCCCCGCCAUCAACGUCCGCCCGCCCGAGUUCGGCAUCAACGGGAACCGCGACUCGUCCCAGCACGCCGGCAUCCUGCCCCUGAUCGAGAACAUCAAGUUCUGCAAGAUCGCCACCCAGAUCCAGGACAUGCUCGCCAUCAGCCCCCUCCUCCGCACCGAGGACCGCUGCCACCUGGACGCCCAGCUCGUCUCGUGGUACAACUCGCUCCCCUGGCUCCUGCGCACCACCGACCCCUGCGCCGAGCCGCUCUACAUGGCGCGCUGCAUCAUGAAGUGGCGCUACCAGAACCUGCGCAUGCUCCUGCACCGGCCCGUCCUCCUCUCGCUCGCCUCGUCCGGCCUGAACCCGCACACCCAGGCCUGCGACGCCGACCUGGCCGCCAUCGAGGUCUGCCGCGAGCUCGCCGCCCAGACCAUCGACGACAUCGCGCGCGAGUGGGCCCGCAACCAGAUGAGUGGGUGGAACGCCGUCUGGUUCCUCUACCAGGCCGCCAUGGUGCCCCUCGUCAGCGUCUUCCGGCAAUGGGGCAACCCGCGCGUGCCCGAGUGGCUCAAGCAGAUCGAGGCCGUCCUCGACCUGCUCGAGAUCAUGGAGGAGUGGUCGCUGGCCGCCCGCCGCUCGCGUGAGGUCGUCUGGCGCAUGUACGAGGCCGCCCGCCAGCUCGUCGAGCAGCAGCGCGCCAGCGCCUCCCCGAGCAUCCAGGUGCUCGCCGGCGGCGCCACCGCCGACGGCAUGCUCAUGCCCAGCCCCGGCGCCGCCGAGGCUGCCGGCAUGCACAUGAGCCCCAUCGGCCUGGAGCCCGUCGACGGGCUCGGCCUCAUGGGCCUCCUCGACCAGGGCGGCCUGUGGGGGGAUUUGGACGGCAUGUACUGGACCCAGCCGGGCGGGCCAUCCCCCCCUCCCGCACCCCUCGGCAGCCCCGUGGAUGAGUCGGCAUGCAUGGCGGCGGCGGCGGCGGCGGCGGCGGAAUUUGCCGCCUACCACAGCCCCGUCGUCACCACGGCCGGCGGCGGCGUCGCCAGCCCGCACGACACCAACGGCAUGGUCCACGCCGUUGACUACAGCGGCCUCAUGGGCCAUCCUCACCAACCUCCUCAUCCCCACCAGCAGGGCAUGGAGUUUGGCUACGUCCAGUGA